UUUGUGGGAGGUUAUAACAAAUAGAUGGAUUUGAGGUGAAGAAAUAUAUUGAGUUUGCAAGGAGAAAUUAAGAGAAAUGUAGAAAAAUUAUUCGAAAUCUGUAAAAGAAAAGAGUGUUGGUAUGACCGUAUGAAUUUUGAUAAGUAAAAAUUGAAAUGAAUUGCAUACAUAAAUUCUAUAAAAUAUCAUGUGACGUCAAUUGUCAAAUAAUCUUUUUUCUUUCAUAGAAAUAAUUUGGUUGUUUUUCUAUUGGAAUAAGAUUUUAAAAGCCCGAGAAAAUCGUUAAAGGAAAGCAUUUUACCUCUACACCAAUCCUUAAUUUUCGAAAAUUAUUUAUUUAUUCUUUUUAAUUGCUAAAAUUUUAUCCAUUUAGGAUUAGCUUGCAUUUCCCUUCCCUCCUUUAAGAACAAGGUAAAAUAGAUAGAUACAUAAUUACGGAAUUGCAAAUAUCUAUUUUUAGAAUAAACAAUGCACAAAAACAAAAUUUAGGAUAUCAUUAUUACUAGCUUGGGCCCUUGGCUCUCCUUGUAUCUCUCCCUCCAUAUCUUUCAAUUCUUUUUCUAUUCUCCCCAUACUUCACUGCUCCAUUUACCCUUCUUUUUCAUGUUCUUCAUUACACCAAAACAUUCCUCCUCUCAUUCGAAGAACAGAAGGAGUCGGAGAGAAAAUAAUUUAUAAGAAAACAAAACAAAACAAAAAUGAAGAUAACAUCUAUAAAUAUGGCAUCAUGGAUGUUCAUGGCAAUAACGGUUGCAAUUUUGGGAGGGUUUAACAGGAAAAUGGUCGCGGCCCAAGGAGGAUUUGACUACAAAGAGGCAUUAAGUAAGGCGAUUAUGUUCUUAGAAUGUCAAAGAUCUGGGAAGCUUCCACCUACAAACAGGAUCCCCUGGCGUGGUGAUUCUGGCCUUGAUGAUGGCAAGCUUGCUAAUGUCGAUUUGGUAGGAGGAUACUACGAUGCAGGAGACAAUGUAAAGUACGGAUUACCAAUGGCGUUCACAGUAACAACGCUGGCAUGGGGUGCUAUAUUCUAUGAAUCUCAGCUACAGGCUGCAGGAGAGCUUGAUCAUAUGAGAGAAGCCAUCAAAUGGGGAACUGAUUAUUUCCUAAAAUGUAGCUCCAGGCGCAAUCGUUUAUACGUUCAGGUUGGUGAUCCCGUACAAGAUCAUCAGUGUUGGAUUCGUCCUGAGAACAUGAAGACCCCUCGCACUGUCUUACAAAUUAAUGAGCAUCAACCUGGCACUGAGAUUGCUGCUGAAACUGCUGCUGCCAUGGCUGCUGCUUCCAUUGUGUUCCGCAAAAUUGACUAUCCUUAUGCUCGUAAACUCCUCAACAAGGCCAAAUCAUUGUUUAGAUUUGCUGGAAGCUAUAAAGGAACCUUUGAUGGAGAAUGCCCCUUUUAUUGUUCAUUCUCAGGAUUCAAUGAUGAGAUGCAAUGGGCAGCAACAUGGUUGUACAAGGCCACCUUGAAUCAAACAUAUUACGAUUAUAUUGAAGAUCAGUCUGUUGAUGCUUCCAUAAGUGAAUUUAAUUGGGACCUUAAAUAUGCUGGAAGCCAGAUCCUUCUCACCCAACUGUAUUUUGAAGGACAGAAGAACUUGGACGAGUACAAGAGGAUGGCUGACAGUUAUAUAUGUGCAGUCUUACCUGGAAGUCCUUAUGCCCAAGCUCCCUUCACUCCUGGAGGACUGCUUUACAUGAGAGAUGGGGCCAACUUGCAAUACGCCACAGCUGCAUCGUUCGCAUUCAGUGUCUACGGCGAUUUACUUGCAAGAUACAAUCAGAAAGUCAUUUGUGGACAGAAAGAAUUUGGAUCAGCUGAUCUCCUUGCCUUUGCUAAAAGACAGAUGGAUUAUAUAUUGGGUGACAACCCGAAGCAACGAUCAUAUAUGGUAGGGUUCGGAAAAAACUUCCCACAACAGCCGCAUCACAGGGGAGCGUCAAACCCUGUGUUGCCACUGACUGAGGUGGUGUCCUGUGCAAGAACAUUUAUAGACUAUUUUACUAAAAAUGCUCCAAACCCAAAUGAGCUUACCGGUGCCAUCGUUGGCGGUCCUGAUAAAAGCGAUAACUUUGAAGAUCGACGUAACAUUGGAAACUAUGAAGAACCAUGUACUUAUAUUAAUUCUCUUGCUAUCGGUCCCUUGGCUAGAUUGGCUGUUCCAUCCUAAUAAAAAUGUAGUCUAACCAUGUGGCUUUGUGCGUAUGUAUCCCCAUUGUAGCUUAGUUUGUUCUGUGCAGCAGUUAAAACAAGCAUAUUAUCACCAUACUAAAAUGAGAUAGUUAAGCAUUUGCUUCAAAAUUCAGACAAGAAAAUGAGAAUAAAACAAUUGUGAAAUAAAUCAGCAGUAUGAGGGUCACUUUUUGCAAUAACCAAUACUAUACGACCACCUCCUAUGCAUCAUUAGUGUCCAUCUGACUUUUAAUACUACCUGUCAAUUACUCUUAAGUUGUAUUGCAUUCUUAAUCUAUAAGCUAUGUCUAUAAAAUAGUCAUGUGAGAUCUUAUUUUCUUCAUCUCAGUACAAUAUUAUUAAUAUCUACUUAUU